UCAGUGUUGCUUUAUAUUUCUGUUUAAUCCUAAUUUAUUUAUUGUUUAUGCUUUGUUUUUCUAUAUUAUGGAAUUUCUCUCAUUUUUUUAAAUAAUAGAGCAUUCCUUUUUAUUUAAGCGCGCACUAACAUAAAUGAUCUUGUAUUUUGCAUGCUUUGUGCUUUUGUGUUUUUGCUUCUUGCGGUCCCAGUCAGACCAGUUUCUGUGGCAACAUGAUUUUGAAAAUAGCUCCCCUCUCUAACGGCCCACUGCUGUCGCAAGUUCUGCAGGCAGCAGCCCACUCUUGAUGCAUGACUCAUUCAUUGCUCAUUAUCAUCCCACUCUCAUUUCAUCGUAGAAAGGCUCCCCUGCUUGGAUAUCUGAUGGAGAUGGUUGUGUGGGGGCGGGGUGGUGGCUACUAUAAAGCUGGUGUAUCCAUGCAGUGAUUGGCUGGUGGAAUCCAUUUAAUCUGCUCUGACUACUACAGGGUCCGCCCCAGUACUCCUCCCCCUCGCUCUGCCCGCCCUGACAGCAUCCAUACACAACAGUGUGCUGUCUCUGUUCCAGGGAGAGUAUCAGCGCUGCACAGGGAGGAGAGGAUUAGUGAAACCACUCAGCUCAUCUGCAUACACGUUCCCAGAGAACCACAUGAGCACCCAGGGCUGCACCUCUUUUGUAUAAAACCUGGCACUCCUAUCACAGAGGCUCCACUUGAUCUACUGUCACUGCUGUGAGAGGAUUUAAUAAGGACCAGUUUUUUUUCUUUGUGGGCUCUUUUAAAUGAUUUUCAGACUUUUUUUUACAAUUUAAAUUCUGCAGUUUUUUUCUGCAAUGUUUUUAUUCAAUUGUGAAAAUGCAAGUAAUAUCUUUUGAUAUAAACUUGCUUUGAGCAUCAAAGAGUUCCCCCUUCAUUUUCUGGGACUUCUUCCACUGGGUUUGUUCCUUCAUCUGGUUUGGGAGACUGCAGUACCAGGAUGCCAUCUAGAGAGUCCUAUGACGUUCGCAAGGAAGAGAAGUCUCUGGUGCAAAAGGCCAAGAGAGAGGCCAAUCAGGAGGAUAUUCUGGCGGCAGCUCUGGGGAUGAGGAUGGGGCCACAGAAACCUCCAGCCACUUUCUGGCAGCCACUUAAACUGUUCGCCUAUUCACAGCUCACCUCACUGGUGCGCAGAGCUACACUGAAGGAGAGCGACCGGACACCCAAAUCUGAGAAAGUUCACAACUUCAAGGUCCAUACCUUUCGGGGACCACAUUGGUGUGAACACUGUGCUAGCUUCAUGUGGGGACUGAUGGCUCAGGGGGUCAAAUGUGCAGAUUGUGGUUUGAACGUCCACAAACAAUGCUCAUCUCUGGUACCCAAUGACUGCAAGCCAGACUUGAGACACAUUCGUAAAGUCUACAGCUGUGACCUCACGACCCUGGUGAACGCUUACAACACAACGAGGCCCAUGGUGGUGGACAUGUGCAUACGAGAGAUCGAGUCCAGAGGACUAAAGUCUGAGGGCCUCUACAGAGUAUCUGGAUUCAGUGACUCAGUGGAGGAAGUCAAAAUGGCGUUUGACAAAGAUGGCGAGAAGACAGACAUAUCAGGGAAGGCCUAUGAAGACAUCAAUAUUAUUACGGGUGCACUGAAACUGUACCUGAGGGAUUUGCCUGUUCCCGUCAUCUCGUACGAUGCUUACCCAAGGUUCAUCGAGGCUGCAAAGUUCACAGACCAGGAGAAGAAGCUGGAAGCUUUCCGUGAGGCUCUAGCUCUGCUGCCACCGUCGCACUGUGAAACUCUGAGGUACCUCAUGGCACACUUGAAAAGGGUGACACAGAAUGAGAAGUUCAACCUGAUGAACGCGGAGAACCUUGCCAUCGUUUUCGGCCCGACCCUCAUGCGCGCACCAGACGUGGAUGCCAUAACAGCACUCAAUGACAUCCGCUACCAGAGACAGGUGGUGGAGGUGCUCAUUAAAAAUGAAGAUGUGCUCUUCUAAACACACAUCGGGACAUUUAUAAAACAACCAUCUAAUCAUUCUUUUGUGUGAACACUUGAAUGACUGUUUGUAUUACAUUGAUUGAUACGUUUUUUGAAAUGCCCUGUGAAUGGAUUGAUGGACUGACCUAAUGCAUGUCCGCCCAGUCUUGGGUGUGGACGAUGAACUUUACUCUAUGUCUCCCCAUUUUUGUCGGGGGAUUUUCAAAAGCUGACAGACCAGCGUGCAUGAUGCGAGGUCUUUGUUGCUUUGUAGUCGUAACCCAGCAUGUGUUAAGAUCGUGUAGCGCUGUGAUUUUGCUUUUUGUCCGUUCUAUGGUAGUUUUAGUCCACAUUCCCACCUGCCUGCUGAGCAGUUUUUUUCCUUCUCUGAAGCAUUGUAUAGCUGGAUGUAAAAAAAAAUAUGCUACUGAUUUUUCUGGGGUAAUUUUUAUGAUGCUGUAUUUUUUUAUCUCCUCAACUGUUUUUAUGUAAUCUGGAGUAGUUGAAUGAGCCUUUCCUGUUAAUGUGUACACACUUGUGUGUUUGCCUGACCUUAAUGUUUCUAUUGUGUUAAACACUGCAUUAUUUGUGAAUUUUAAUUUUUUUAUUGUAAUGUUUUUGUACACAACUUGUGCAUGAUCAGUUUAAUUUAUUAAACCUUACUCUGAAAAAUUUAGUGCUUAAAGAGUCAUCUGAAAUGCAAUAAUAAAAAUUCACUUCAAACCUGCAUUAAUAUUUUUUAGCUACUUCUG